AUGGAGGAGGGCCUGCAGGUUUGGGAGAUGGACUGGUCGGAUCAGAAGAUGGACUACUGCUGUGUGAAGUUUGGCGUGGGCUGCAUGCACUUCACCUGCCAGACCUCAGAGUCCCGCUGGACGCACCUGCAGAAGAAGUGGUGCUGCGAGGUGCGGGGCCUGGGCUCGCACUGCGAGGUGGAGCUGGCGUUCGACUGCGGCGGCCUAGAGGAUUGGCACCACUGGGCGGCGGAGAAGCGGAACUGGUGCUGCGAUCACUUUAGCCUGGCGUGUGCAGACGGGGCGGGUCAGGCUGCAGGGUCCGCAUAUGCGCCAGGGUCUGUGCUACCCCCUGCGUAUGCGAGUGGAGCGCCCGCGGAAAGCAGGCAUUGGCAUGACGGUCGGCAAGAGGUGGAAGGACACCAACAGGGCCUUGAGGAGGGCCGCGCGGAGGGCCAGCAGGAGGGCCAGCUGGAGGGCCAGCUGGAGGGCCAGCAGGAGGGUCAUCAGGAAAGCCAGCAAGAGGAGCAGAAGAAGCGUGAGGCGGCCAAGGCGGCUGAGGCAGCCCAGGCGGCCGAGGCAGCCAAGGCGGCCGAGGCGGCCAAGGCGGCCGAGGCGGCCAAGGCGGCCGAGGCGGCCAAGGCGGCCGAGGCGGCCAAGGCGACCGAGGCAGCCAAAGUGGCUGAGAUGGCCAAGGGUGCUGAGGCAGCCAAGGCGGCUGAGGCCAAGGCAGCUGAAGCCGCCAAGGCAGCUGAAGCUGCCAAGGCUGAGAACAAGGCCGCUGAGACAGCCAAGACGUCUGAGCCAACGAAGGUGGCCGAAGGCGCCUCUCGCACAACUGCCAGCCCGCUGGCCUACAAGUGUACGAAGGAGUGCGACUUGGACGGUGUCCUCGCCAGCUGCCGCGAUUGGGUGAUAGACUUCAGCAGGAUCGUCUUCCACGCACAGGCGAACUCGUGCAACCAGGCCUACAGCCUGAUGCGGGUGCGGUGCGGUGAUUUGUGUGCUGGCUGCCCGGUGGAAGACGUCCCCUGCGUAGAUGAGACAACCACGACGUCGACCACUUUGACGCCAAACGGCGAGGCAGCCAAGGCGGCCGAGGCGGCCGAGGCGGCCAAGGCGGCCGAGGCGGCCAAGGCGGCCGAGGCGGCCAAGGCAAAGGCCGUGGCAACCACCCGGACGGCCACCACCAUCACAGUCACGACCACUGCCACCACGCGCACGCAAGCGCCGCUGCACGACUGCCACGCGGGCGCGGAGAGCUGGGCGAGCACGUGGUCCGUGGAGAAGAAAGUCUGGUGCUGCCGAAAUGAGGCGACCAUGUGCCCCUUCUAGUUGGGCGACCAGGGAGGGUUGC